AUGCCAAUCACUUUGUCCUCUCUCAAGAAUGGCCUUGCUGCUCUAAAAAACGACACUCAGCCUCUCAUUGACAAGCUAAAAACUAAACUUACUUCUGGAAUAUUGAUCACUGAUGAAGAGGAGAAAUGGCUGGAUCAUGAAGCAAACUUCACAGAUGAAACAUUGCUUCUUGCUGAGCUCCAACAUGCAAUGGACUUUCAGAGUGCCCUUGACUCCCUCUCAAACAACCACAAAGCAAUUGCCCAGUGCAUGCAAGCUGCAAGCGGUGUUGAAGGUCAAAACUUGGGGAUGGUUGCAAAUGUUGUGCAAUGUGAAUCCAACCCAAACUUAAAGUGUGAGUGCUGUGAUGGCUGGAGAAAUUUGCACUCAAAAUACUCCCAGGCUCUCAAAGAGUUGUUCCAGACCCAGAUGAAGAACCAUCAGCAAAGAAGCAGCCAGUCUUUACUCAUAAAGAAAUUGCCACACUGCAACAGCGCAUCAAGAUCAUAG